AUACGGUUAAUAUUGGGUAGGACAUGGACUUUUGCCAGAGUGUGUCAGUUAUAGAGAAAGCAAGUGCAGUGUUUAUACAGCACUGAUGCAGCACAUAAUGAAUAAAACCAGCAUUGCAGACUAUAUCAACAAAUAUCAAUGAAGAGGAAGUUGUGGUUAACACAAGAAAGAGUCUCCGUUUCACAACAAAACAGUGUUUUAGGCGUUGUCAUCGUUUUUCUCAGCACUUUUUCUGUGUCAUCCAUACUGCACUGCUCUCAAUGCAAACAUCAUUAUCAUGGGCAAACAUGACUCCUGGAAACCACUGGCCAUCACCGUGAUGUUUCUGAGUUGUGCUCAUGCUAGUGGAAAAGUGGAAGAAGAGAUAGAUAUACGGUACGCUGUCAUUGGAGCCUGUUUGGGCACAGUUUUUGCUGUUGCUUUUAUCGUUAUAAAACUUUACAUGAUAAAGAAACACAUGUUGGAUAACAAUUUUUCAGAAUCAGAGUCUUUUAAUCUCAAGAGCAGAGGGGGAGAUGGAGAUACCACUUGAAAAAUGAAAAAAAAAAAUUAAACUCAUCAAGACUCUGCUUGUGAAGAUUGAUUAUCUACUAUUUUGCCUCAGUAUAAAUGCACCGUAGCCAUUGGAGUACUGUUUAUAGAAUUUGCAUUACACUUACUCUGGCAAACUAUGGACACAACCAUGCAAUUAACUAAAACCUCUGUAGAGCUCUAGUUUGGUUUAAUGUGCAACAAGGGGGGGAAAAACCUUAAAUUGAUGGUUACCUUAUUUUAAAAUGAUAACAGUAUUUAUGUGUUGUUUUACGAAAUAUGCACAAUAAAACAAAUCAGUGUUUUGUGACCUGCAAUUGGACUUACAAACAA